CUCGUCCUGACAGCAGUAAGCAGCCCAAGGCCCAAUAAAUGGGGGCUGACGGUGAUUUACUGUCAGCUCGGCACGCUCCGCCUGGUCACAUGGCGGGUCGCAGUCGUCCAAUGACUGAAGGGAAAUCAAGCGAGGACCAAAGGACGUAAAUCACACUUGUUUUCAUAAAAUUAUAACCAGAAAAAUCAUUUCACAGGGAGAUUUUUACAUUUGUUUUUAUGUAGAACAUCUGGAUAUAAAACACUUUCGUCUCACAGAAUCACAAAACAGAAAUAAAGUUGUAGUCAGUUUAUUUGAGUUGUUUAAGAAUAACCAGAGGUAUGAAGAUGAUUUCUAAUCCCCAUGUGGGUAAUCAUUCCUUAAUGGAGCAGCUCCAUGUGAUAAUCUUCUCUCCCCUUCAAAAUUAAAGCCUGUGCAGCUGCGUGGCAUGAAUCAUUUUCAUGUUUGGUGUUUGUCUUUUCAUUAUUUUGUAUAUUAUUUCAAAAGAACACUGCUGACAAACUGUUUAAAACUAAACACGUUGAUGAAAUUGUGAGAGGAUUAAGAUAAUCAUGUUUACCAAAAAUAUAAUGUUAGAAGAAAUGAACAGAUGUGUCUUUCUUCAUUAUCGCUUAUUUAAAGAGGACGAAACUAAACUCAAAAUCAUGAAGAAAUAAGCAGCUGUUAUGUGGCACAGUUAACGUCACUACGUGUUCUCUCGCAUCUUUCUCAUCCACGGUGUCAUUGCAUCACCGGCUCGUCGCUCAACGCUUUAUUUUGAAGGUGCAGGCCGGAAGUCCUCCUGUCUCCAGCCGGUGUCCCUUGACGGCAGCAGCCGGCGCAGCUGCUACUUCACGGGCAGCCAGCGGAGGAGAGACACCAGUCCGAGUUGGUCGUUCCGAGGCAACGACGCGCGCCCGCAGGACGUCCGCGACCCCCGACACACGCGCACGCACGCACGCACGCACCGGCGCACCAACCGGAGGAACCCGCGAACCGGAGGUUUGGACACCUCGGACCGGAGCGAGCGAGCGAGCGCGCGCGCGCUGCGAAACGGGAUUUAAGUGGGAGAAGUUGGGCUUUCGCAACGGCGGUGCCCGCGCCGAGGACUCUCGUUGUCGAGUUGUGACGGGGAUUUCGGACCCCCGCCGCCGGCCUCCGCCCCCCUCUCCCCUCCGCCGUGGCCACACCGCGAGGACUUACGGAUUUUUAAGUAGUUUUGUGGGGUUUUAUGAAGUUUUAGGGGAGAGAAACGGCUGUAUUUCUUCUUCUGAAGCCUUGGGGACACCUGAAAGGAUCCGAUUUGCUGUCAAAACAGUUUACAUUUGGUGGGUGACGGCGAGGCGUCGGAGGCCCCCAGCAUGCCGGCGGAGGAGGCGGUCUGAGUCCGGCUCGGGCCUCGCUGCUCUGCAUCAUCCGCCCCCGCCCGCCCAGAGGGAUGACGGCGCCGUGGCGCUCGCUGUGGCUCUGCUUCCUGCUUCCUCUCUGCGUGGCCCCCGCCAGGCUGCCCACCGCUCCGCCCACAGACUCCGUGUCCAGCGAGACGGCCUUCCUGGAGGACGACGUCCUGGGCAUCGGGGACACCCUGGAGAUGUCCUGUGACCUGGAGGACCACUCGGAGCCCGUCGCCUGGUUCAAAGACGGCGCCGGGCUGUUGCCUAGCAACCGGACGCGGCUGGGCCAGAGGGUCCUGCGCGUCGUCAACGUGUCCUACGAGGACUCGGGUGUCUACUCCUGCCGGCUCGCCCGCAGCAACGCGCUGCUCAGCAACUACACCAUCCGGGUCACAGAUUCUCUGUCGUCUGGGGACGAUGAAGAUUAUGACGAAGACCCAGAAGAUGCAGGUAAUGGAAAUGAAGCUCCGUAUUGGACGAGGCCCGACCGGAUGGACAAGAAGCUCCUCGCCGUCCCGGCCGCCAACACCGCCAAGUUCCGCUGCGCCGCGUCCGGCAACCCGACGCCGACCAUCCACUGGCUGAAGAACGGCAAGGAGUUCAAAGGAGAGCAGAGGAUGGGCGGCAUCAAGGUGAGAGGACGCAGAGGAGCCGAGAUUUAAGGAUUCAGAUCCUCG